AUGUACGCUUGGGAGCGCUCUUUUGCAUUGCGAAUUGCUAAAACUAGGGCAAAAGAGGUGGCCCAAGUGGCGAAAGCUUGUUACCUGCAGGCGGUUAACAGCAGUACCUACUUUAUUGCCUCCAAGUUGGUGCUCUUUAUAAUCCUACUGAUGUACGUGUUGAUAUCGGGCAAUCGGCUGAAUGCAGAAGCCGUCUUUGCCUGUAUGUCGCUACUGAAUGCAGUUCAGGUCUCCAUGACCAAGUACUUUCCACGUGCAAUUGGACUGGGUGCAGAAGUGCGCAUCACCUGUAAGCGGAUUGAGAAAUUCCUUCUUCUUGAGGAGACGACCUCUGACUGGGAAAGUUCGCUAAAGAAAGAAAAAACGAGUGCUAAACAAAAUUGCUACAAACUGCCGAAACCGAAAUCGCCGAUUGUCAACGAUCCUAGCUUGACCAUUGAGCACAUAACUGCCCGGUGGAAUGCGGACCCUCAGUCUCAGCAAACACUGUCAGACAUAUCAGUUGACCGCCUGGUCAACGGCGACCUUCUCGCCGUGGUCGGCAGCGUCGGCUCAGGGAAAAGUUCCCUUCUGAUGACACUACUAAAAGAGUUACCUCUGCAAUCGGGAACGGUCAGCGUGGAUGGGUCGUUGGCCUACGCCAGUCAGGAGGCCUGGUCUUUCAAUGACAGCAUUCGCAAUAACAUCCUCUUUGGUGCACCCUACGAACCAGAGCGAUAUCGACGGGUGAUUGAGGUGUGUGCCUUGAAGCGAGACCUGCAACUGCUACCGCGCGCUGACCAGACACUGGUCGGCGAGAAAGGUGUUCAACUUUCUGGUGGGCAGAAGGCUAGGGUCAACCUCGCAAGAGCCGUCUACCGAGACGCCGACAUUCUCCUGCUCGAUGACCCGCUCUCGGCGGUGGACGCCACCGUGGCGGAGCACAUCUUUGAGCAGUGCAUUGUCGGCUACUUGGCCAACAAGAUCCGCAUCCUUGUCACGCAUCAGCUGCAGUUUGUGGAAAAGGCCACCAAGAUUCUGGUGCUCAAGGAGGGCAGCAUUCUUGCCUACG